AUGAAUAGUUCAAACAGCAGGCCAUCUGGGAAAAGCAAGGAUGGCGCCGAAAAGACUACGCGAAGUCGCAGAGAGACGAUUCCUGAGAGGCGGCUCCGUGUUAUGGGUACAACAUCGUUGAAAUUCUCUCCAACUGCGGAUCCAGGUAGACGACAAUUGCGAAUAUCAUACAGUGCCCUUUCCUCUACGGCUGACCGGAGCCCUGGUCAAGUCACACCUGCAGAAACUGAGCCCAAUAAACGGAGACGCCAAGUUCUCAAAGCCCAACGUGCCCAUCGCCAGAGAACACUGGAUUACAUUGACGAACUCGAAGCCGAGAUCUUCCGACUAAGAGCCUCAGCUGCUGCAACGUCUAACGAGUCAAGACAUACACGACGCGCCCCAUCAUCGUCACAAAGCUCUCUGCAAACUAUCAAUAAUGUCAACAUUAAUGUCCUCAUUCAGAGCUUCAACGGGCAGAUUGCACCUGGGAUAUUCUCAAGCAGCUAUCCGAGCACUGAAGACCCCUGCAUCGUAGAAGACUUGUUAGCAAGUGAUGCUUUUGGAUUGGGGUCAACCACAAUACCACAGAGCCUCGAGCUAUUCGAUCCUUUAAGCAGAAUGCUUUUCUAUAACUUCUCAGAAAACAUUGCCCCAACGCUUGUCUCAAUGGACGGGCUCUCCAAUGGAUAUAGGACGAUGAUACUUCCUCUCGCCUGCUCCAAUGAUCUGGUUCGGUCUGCAACAUUAGCGGCAUCAGCGAACCAUCUUCGAUUCCAGCGUCCCAAAUUAUCCCCCUUAGCCUCAAGGCUACAAUCUACGGCUAUUGAGAAGCUUUCUGUCUUCUCUAGGGAUGAAACUGCCAGCGGUGCCACUAGAAGUGCAGUUCUAGCUGCCAUAAUUCUCCUGUUGGUCACAGACAUGAUGAACGGAGGCCAACAGUUUUACCUUCUCCUAAACAUGGCCAAAUCCUGGAUAGAAGCCAAGAAAAAUGACGGCUCGCCAACAGAGAGUUCCCAGACCGUAAUUGAACAAUUUCUCCUCAACCAGCUUGAAAUACUACAACUUUACGCAGAGCCACUACUCAAAGAACAAUAUGCAAUACUUGCACAGCACGAUUCACAGACAAUUUCCAACGACCACACAUUUAAAGACAGAAUUAUUAGCAUCUUCAAAUCAAUAGAAGAAGCUAUCAAACAAGCAUGCAAUAUUUACUCCUAUCACAUCUUACACGAUGCUCCUCCAGCGAAUAUCGAGGAAACAUUGGACAAUCUGAAAAUUACUGCCGAUGGAAUACCUGCUUACGCGCCUGGUGAAAAUGCGCUGGCUUGGGUGUAUUUCUUUGCCGCAGCGGAAAGUUCCGUCCCUGCGAAACGCACUUUUUUCUCCAAAAAGCUGAUGGGUAUUUUUGAACGGGGAACAUUUACUAACACGACAACGGCAUUCGUCAUGCUCCAUCACAUUUGGAACUGCCGAGAGAUGGGCGAUAACUGGACCAAGACUCUGAAACAGACACCUUCAGUACUAGUCUUGAAAUGA